AUAUUAUAAGUAGUACAGUAAAACCGACGUUGGGUUCAAAGCAACUAGAUUGUAACGAAGGACGAUGGCACCAAAUUUUACUGGAAAAUGGGAAAUGGUCAAGCAGGAGAAUUUUGAUGAAUACUUAAAGGCUUUGGGUAAAUUUAAUUAUUGAUAUAGUUUAAUACAUUUAUAUAGUUUUUAUAUUUGAUAUAUUUAUAUAAAUUUAUUGGUUAAGAUAAGAAAAUGAAUUUAACACAGUUUUCAAGAUAAUAAGAUGAUUUCCAAUGAUUUCUUUUAUCUCUAGAAAUUGGUUUAAUCCUAAGGAAAGCGGCCGCAGUCUUUGCCGGUAAAACAAAGCUUGAUAUUGAACAGAAUGGAGAUCAUUUCGUUAUCGUUAGAAAUGGUUCUGAGAAGGAUGAAUUUAAUAUUGGUACCGAAUUUACAACGAAAAACAAAUUAGGAGAAAUGAAAAAUCUACCAAAAUGGGGUGACAACGACCGUCUCGUCGUUGAUAUGACUCCAACAGGUAAAGAUGGAAAGCCCAGUACUCUCUACAGAUAUCUCGCCUCUCCGGACGAAAUGAUUGUAGAAGUUCAUUGUAAAGAUGUUGUUAUGAAACGAUAUUUUAAGAGAAUUUAAUACAAUUCAAUUUACUCAAUCAAAUUAAUUAUUCUGUUCUUGUUUUUUCAAAAAAACAAAUAUGUAAAAAUUAUUUAAAUUAUAAAAAAAAUAUCUUUUAUUUCCAUUUUUCUUUCAAGAGAUUAGAUCUUAUCGAAUUGUCACUAAAAGUGCUCUAGUUCUAAAUUACAAAUAUAAAUAUAUAUAUAUAUGUAUAUACAGCUUAUUAUAAUAUAAAUUCCUUCUAUCGAUAUUUUUAUAAGAAAGUAGUACAGAAUUUUAAAGGAAACGUUAUCUUUAUGAGAUAUCUUCGGUUAAUCCGAUUAUGAGGUUUGCAAUUAACCAAGUUGAUAGUUCACGUCUGCUACGAACCGCAAUAUCUAAUUCUAUAAGACUCAAGUACGACGAGAAAAUCAACAGUAACGAAUACGCAGAUGACAAAAGUCGAAUUGCUUAUUUAAGGAAUAAAUUAGUCAAUUUUCAAUACAAAUUACAGAACGAAUAUGCUUCUCAAACGCUUAUUUCUCCCUGUGCUAUGUUAAAAGGUAAUACGACGCCUAAUCUAUGUAAAAUAGAAAAAAGACCUCCUUAUACCCCAGUCUCUUCUCCUGAAUCGGAUGAGAAUGACUCUAAUGAGCUCAAGAGAAAUAUAAAAAAGAUAAAGAAAAAGAGAAAAAAAAGGGUAACAAGGCCUAUCGAUUUAGAUCUAUACCAAAGAUUGGUGGGUACCAAAGCAAAGUCGAUGGACGACUUAAGAGGAAUUAAUAGGCCUAAGUCUAUUACUAAGGGUCACAAACUGAGACCGUUAGCGCAAUCGGUCAGCGAGCGUUUAUAUGUUAUAAAUAGCAGGAAAAUUGAGAAAGAGAUUGAUCGAUCUAUUUCAAGACCUCGCCUAAAGUCGAAUUAUAAAAAAGUUUCUCUUAGUGCAAUAGGUAAAAAACAUUAUACCGUAGCCUGUCAAACUGACAGAAUCAUAAGGAGGAGCGUGCCCGCAAUGAUCAAAGAAAACGCUUUCCUAACAUUCAAGAGGCGAGCAGAGGAAGUCAUCCGAUUAGGUUCUGAGAAUCCUGGCCAAUUUACCAGGAAUCAGUGGCAGUGUGUUAGCAAUUUAGCCCUCAGGAUUGUAAACCAAGGUUACAAACUUGAGGGUAAAGUUAAAAAGCGAAAAAAUUACCCCAACCGUGUGUGCAACAAGAGUAAAAAAGAUACAACUAAGGCUGAGAGUAAAAAUGAUACAAAUCAUCUAUCUAAAUCAAAAACUGAAAUAGAAAUGUGUCGUACCGUUAGCGACGAAGAAGAUUGUUUCGGAUUAAUUGUCAACGUUGAACCUUUGAGCUUAAGUGACGAGGAGAAUUUUGUAAACCCUACCAAAAUUAAAGAAAUAGACGCCGAUCACUGCGACGCCUGUAGGCAACUGGCACAGGGUAGAAGUCAAACCAGGUCAAACUAUUUAAAACUGCCACCCGUAAAAAGUCUCUUAGGAGUUUUAGAUCCGAUCGAGGACGAAAUGUUACGUAAUAUUGACUCUUAG